UACACUUGAAUUACGUUCAUUUUUAUUCAUUUCUAUUCCUUAAUUUUUUUUGUGCAUGCUUCAAUUAUUUGGGAACAAUAGUGAAAAAAUAUAGUGUUGCCAAUACAUUUGACAUUAUGCAUAUUGUAAGUGAACAACCAUAACAAGCACUGUAAGUAAAGAUAUUUACAAUAAAUCGCUUUCCGUGGACCGUGCGAAACGACGUCGACGUUUUGUUGUGGUAAAAAAUAUAUAAAAAAAGAAAAAAAUAGCCGCUGCUUUGAAAUUGUGCGUCUUUUGUAUAUGAAUGUGUAUUUGUGAGUGCGUGUGGUGUGUGCAUACUUGUCUUGUUUCUUUUCGUGUCAUAAUCAGUGCAUAACAAACAUAGCCAGCUAGAUAGUGCACCAAAUCGAGGAAACACUGCCAAACUGAGGAUCAGAGGUAUUUAACAGGAGAUGAGCUAUUUAGGAAGCGAGCCGGUGCCGCCUGGAUUUGAGGAUGAAAUGGCGCGAGCAUCGGUGAUACAGAAGCAAAUUGAUAGCUUUAAAAGUGGCUCUCUAAUUGGUACCGAAUACGUGGUGGAGCUGCACGAGAACGGCCAAGCGCAUCCCGAUUAUUUUUGUGUGCUCUGCAACACGUGCAACGACAGCCGUUCCAUAUUCACACACUGGACCUCGCUGACCCACCGUACCAACUAUCUGAAGACACAUUUUCAAAAGGCCUUCGAUAAGCUGCAGCAGCUGCGCCGCUCAUCCAGCAAUGCCAACGACUUGAGCACAGCCACAACAAAAUUGGUUCAACUCAUUGAGAAACAUUAUGGGCGCAGCAUACACCAUUUGGCUGUUGACGGCGAAGAUUUUCGUCGCUUUCGUCCCAAAAUUUGUUCACAGGUACGCGAUCAGUUCCAUUUCGAUGAAUGCGCCGGCGCCGAUUUCGUGGACGAGGUGCGUCAAAUAGUACUGGACCUGAAGCCCACGGAUUCGCUCAAGGCGAAAUUGAACCAAAAUGAUCGCAACGCUGAGCCCAUGACAAUAGCACUCGAUGCCAUUUCCAGCGAUGACGAUGAUAAUUUUGCUCUUAAUGCAUCACAGCAGAUGCCAAAAAAGGCGCGCAAAAAACAGGACGAGCAACUGCCGGCAUAUCGUGCCGUAAAUCGUUCACCGCCUGUGGGCAAAGAUGUGGCGGCCAUUGGCGGAAAGACUCCGUCAUCGGCGAGUAUCAAACAGCAGCUGCCCACACCCAAGGAGCUCUCAUUGCAGGCAUCGCAUAUAGCUCAGGAGCGCUACAAAUGGGAGAAAUUUCGCUGCCUGUUGGAGCUACAGCUGAAGCAGCUGCGCGACGAGACGGAGACGUAUGAGUCGAAUCCGGAGAAGCAUCCCGAUUAUUCCGAAGAGUGGAAGCUGUUCUGGAAUCGGCGCUAUAAGCAGCUGCAAGAGGAAAAGAAAUGUGAUCCGAAUAGCUACGACUACAAGCCCGAAUGGAUCACGUACUGGAAGGACAGGCGGGUCGAGCUGUUCAACAUAGCCGUCAACAAGAUCAAAAAGGAGCUAAAGGAGAAAUUUAAGCUUGGCGAUGAGGACGAAGAGAACACCAAGGAACUAAUGGAGCGUUACAAAAUACGCGUCAGCAGCCCCAAAAAUAACGAAAUUGGAGGAGCCGCCGCUUCAGGCGCUGGCGCCGGUGCUGGGCGUCACAAGAACAGCUAUCGUGGCUCCAGUAUUCGAGCGAGCAGCAGGUCUAUUGGCAGCGAUGCUGUCAUUGAUAUCAGCGAUGACGAACAGCAGCCACCAGCUGCACCAUCGACACGCUCCAGUCGCCGUCCAAACUAUGCACGCUCCGUGUCGCGCAGCUUGUCGCCCAAACGUGGCAGGCUGGUGCCGCCGCGCUUGGGUCGGCGUUCGCGCACACGAUCACCCAUGAACGCCAGACGGCGGCCACGUUCGCGCUCCAGAUCGCGUUCUCCCCACCGGCGAUCACGUUCGCCCUACAGUCGGGGCCGGGAGAGAUCGUUGCAUUCACGCGGCCACGACGACUACAGUGACAGGGGUCGCGAGAGAAGCGGUGAAUACUAUAGGGAGAGGAGCGACAGUUAUCCGCGCUCCACGCGUACCUACGAGCCCAUAGAGACAUUCCGGGUGCUUGACUCACGUCUCUAUCCGGAAUAUAGCCAACCCAGCCAGCGUUCCUCGUCGCCUUCGGGCACAAUCAUAUCGAAUACGGUCAAAGAACCGGAGCAAGUCGAAGAGCCAGAGGGUCCACUGACCGUGGUUAGUGUGCUGCGCAUGCUAUCCGCUUUAGAGGAUCAGUUGGGCAGUCUGGGCCCCAAGGCACUAAAUUUGCUAAGCAAGGCGCUGGCCAUGGAGAAGAUCAAGCCGAACGCUGCCGACGAUUUGUUAUUGAACGAGGACAAUUGCGUCUUCAUGGAGACCAUCAAGGAGAAGCUAAAGGGUAUACUCAUUGCCGCAGUGCUCGACGAUCCACAAAAAGUGCGCGUUGUGAAAAAGUUAAUCAGCAAUAUAGCGACCAUCAUCUUCCAGGUGACCUCCAAAGGUGUUCAAGAGGCGUCGCACCAUGAGCCAAAGCACACGGAUUUGGCCAAGAAGAAAGAUUAUCAGCUGCCCUUCGAUAGGCAGCUCGUUUCGUCAAAGCUGGCCAGCGAACUGGUCAUGAAUGGCAUGGACAACUUGAGCACCGAUGAUAUGAGCAAAUUGCUGCACUUCUUCACGCUGCUGGUGAAGACGAAUCACAGCCGUCGCCUGAGCGACAGGAAUAGCGGGCUCAGCUUUGCCGAGGUGCCGCUCCGCCUGGGACUGGCUACCAGUAAAAACAAGUACAAUAGUGACGGCAAUGAGGGCAGUGGCGUCGGCGGUGUGCUGGACAUUGAUAUUUGUGAGCUGAUGAAGGAGGUGGAGCAUCAGCUGGCCAAGGAGGCCGGCAACGAUUUGGCGCCCAAGACAAUCGCCAGCGAUAGCAACAGCAUGGAAUCGCUCACCGAUUCCGAUCUGCAGACGCUGCUGCAGAACUUCAAGUUUCUAUCCAACGAGGAGCAGGUGCAUCUCAUUGGCCAUCUGCGAAAGCUGGAGAAAUUGGAGCCAUCGCGCGUGGAGCGAUUGCGCAAAUACGUGAACAUUGCCGAGCUGAGCAGCGAUGGCGAAUCGUGCAGCGAUUAUCUGUCUCGUGUCGUUGCCAUCGGUCGACCUGGCUUGCAUGAACGCGCUGCCAAUAGCUGUCGCUUGCCACUUGGUAGUGGUGGUGGGGGUGUUGGUGUUGGUGGUGGCGGUGUUGGUGGCGGUGGUGUUGGUGCUGCUGUGGCUGCUGCAGCUCGUCGCAAGAGCAUAGAGCGUGAGCUGUCCUCGGCGGCGAAGCUGCAGCGCCGCAUUGAAGUUCGAAAUUCGCCAAAAUUCUUACUGGAUGAUGACGACGACGAUGAUUACAAUUUCGAUGAUCUGGUGAUGAAGGCCAACGAUACGAAUGGCAAGAAGAAGCCCACAACCCUGCUGCCCAUAGUGCCGGCGGCAAUGUCACCCAAUGCGCUUACCUUCAAGCCGGCGGCUCCAAAGAUUUCGCUGAAGGACACUGAGAACAUAAUUGCCAAUCUGAUGGGCACGCUGACCAACAAUAGCAAUCAGGCAAGCAGCGCUGCCAAAUCACAGCAGCAGCACCAGCAGCAGCCGCAGCAGCAACAGCAACAGCAACAACACCAUCAACAGCAGCAGCACCACCACCCGCAGCAGCAGCAGCAUCAGCAAAUGCGUAGUCAUACACAGCAGCGGCAGCAGCAGCAACAGCAAUCAGCGCAGCAGCCAACACAAUUUAGCAGCAACAGUGGGGGGGAAGGUGGGAGCGGCGGCGGCAGCAGCAGCAGCAGUGGAGGAGGAACUGGCAAUGGCAGUUACUAUAACUAUGGAGGCGAUCAAAUGUCUGGCGGCCCCAGCUAUCCAAACGUGCCCCAACAGAUGCCGCAACAACAGCAGCAGCAGCAGCAACCUUAUAAUAUGGGAAACUUUAAUGCAUACGCAGCACCCGGCGGCGGCGGCGGCGGUGGUUAUGCGGGUCAAAUGAAUCCCUGGGCCAAUGGGCCGCCGCAGCCAUUUAAUAAUAUGCCGCCAAACUUUAUGCCACAGCCGCCGCAGCAGCAGCCGCCGCACUACAAUAACAUAUUCGGCCGACAUCACUGAAUGUGCCGCAACAAGCUCUGCCAAUUUUGUAUAAAUAAAUCAAAAAUGCAUAGUUUUUAAGCAUUUUUUUUCGCCCCUAGCUGUAGAGCGCAAGUACAGCACACAGAAUAUAUAUA